CUAAGGCGCUCGCCCCCAAACCUGAAGAGCUGGCUUUGCCCUCCAGGACCCACACAGUGGAGGCAAAGAAGUGACUCAGGCAUGUUCUUGGGCUGACACACACACUGAGUGUGCAUCCAUACAAACAGUAAAUGUAAAUGACAUAGGUUAACAACAGGCAGCCCACUGAAAAGCCCAUCAGGAGCGUCACAAAUGUGUAAAAGGGGCUUGGCACCAUUGACUCGCCAAGUGCAAAAGCAGGCCUACAGCAAGAAGUCAGGUGAUGUCUCCCUGCCCAGCACUGCCCGGAACAGGUGAGGGCCAUGGGGUGGGGCUUGUGCUGUCCUGGGAGAUGGCCAGUCCUGCCUUCCUCCCUCAGCCACACAGGAUACUCACUCAUCAACAUGGCUUAUCUGUGGCUGCUCAGUGCCACCACUAGUGACACACAGAUCUCUCCCCUCAGCAGACAGUGGACAAAGAAAUAAGAUACCCAUCCCAGCUGAAGGAGGUAAGGAGGGUAUAGAGAGAGGAGCAGUGUGAAGGCCCUGCGGCAGCUCUGGCCUAACUGUGACCCUAUGGAGGAGGCCCCAGUGGCUGAUGGGAAGGAGCUAUAAAGUCGGGUGUGGGGCAAAAAAGUUAGGGGUGACGGUGGGAUUCCUGGGAGAGCAGAGCAGAGAAUGAAGUGACAUGAGGGUCAUUGUAGCUGCUGUCUUGACAGGAAACUGCAGGGUAAAGGGUGCCUGAAAAGCAGAGGCAGCUGUAGUGUAGGUGAGUGGGGUGGGAAUGGAGCAUGUGGGUCAGAAGAGGAGUGCACGGUGGGUUGAGCAGGAAACCCUCUCAGGAAGAUGUGGUCCAGCCAACUGAGAGUUGGCUCCUCAGGAGGGAGAAUCUGCAGAGCACGAGAAGUCCCUAGGGCAUGGGAAACUGAAGAAGAUGGUCAGGAGUUGAAGGCAAGCCUGUGCCACUUGGUGUGACCCUGCCUCAGGAUGAUGAGAUGAGCUGAGCCAGGUGUGCUGAUGUCCAGCCGCGUUUCCAGCACUCAGGAGGAUCCCAAGUCUAAGGAGGCCAGCCUGGGCUACAUGAUCCCCGGUGAGGUCUCCUGGCCGAGUCCCCACUUCCGGCUGCUCAUGCCACUGGGACUGGGGCGGCGGAAAAAGGCACCACCUCUGGUGGAAAAUGAAGAGGCGGAGCCAGGCCGGAGCGGACUGGGAGUGGGGGAACCCGGGCCCCUGGGUGGAAGUGGAGCAGGGGAAUCCCAGAUGGGCUUGCCCCCACCUCCUGCUGCCCUCCGCCCUCGCCUCGUAUUCCACACCCAGCUGGCCCACGGUAGCCCCACGGGCCGCAUCGAGGGCUUCACCAAUGUCAAGGAGCUGUAUGGCAAGAUCGCUGAGGCCUUCCGACUACCAGCUGCUGAGGUGAUGUUCUGCACCCUCAACACCCAUAAAGUGGAUAUGGACAAGCUCCUAGGGGGCCAGAUCGGACUGGAGGACUUCAUCUUUGCCCACGUCAAGGGGCAGCGCAAAGAGGUGGAAGUGUUCAAGUCUGAGGAGGCGCUGGGGCUCACCAUCACCGACAACGGGGCCGGUUAUGCCUUCAUUAAGCGCAUCAAGGAAGGCAGUGUGAUAGACCACAUCCAGCUCAUCAGCGUGGGUGACAUGAUUGAAGCCAUCAACGGGCAGAGCCUGCUGGGCUGUCGGCACUAUGAAGUUGCCAGGCUCCUCAAGGAACUGCCCCGAGGCCGCACCUUCACCCUCAAACUCACAGAGCCUCGGAAAGCCUUUGAUAUGAUCAGCCAGCGUUCAGCGGGUGGCCACCCUGGCUCGGGCCCACAACUGGGCACUGGCCGAGGGACCCUCAGGCUGCGAUCCCGGGGCCCUGCCACAGUGGAGGAUCUGCCAUCGGCCUUUGAGGAAAAGGCCAUUGAGAAAGUGGAUGACUUGCUAGAGAGCUACAUGGGGAUCAGAGACACAGAACUUGCUGCCACCAUGGUGGAGCUGGGAAAAGACAAAAGGAACCCAGAUGAACUGGCAGAGGCGCUGGAUGAACGGCUCGGUGACUUUGCAUUCCCAGACGAAUUCGUCUUUGAUGUCUGGGGAGCCAUCGGGGAUGCCAAGGUUGGCCGCUACUAAGACUGGAAAUGACCUGGACCUUGAGAUAACAUGGGCGUGGCCUGGCUGGGGCCUCCAGAACGGGUGCCACAGCCACAACCUGAGCAUCCAGCUUAGGCACAUAACGCAGCAACCUGGGGAUGGCACGGGGUAGAAGUGACCGGUAGCCCUGGCCCCACUCUAUCACCACGGUGCCCAGCCUGGUUAGGGUCCCCGGCCAACCCCUGCCGGGUUCCCCACCUACCUCAAUAGAGUAAGCGCAUGGGGAGGGACCAGCACUGGGCAGCCACCUCUGUCCCCAACACUUUCCACCGUCAGCCGGCAAACUGCCCCUCUGUCUCCCUGGACCUCAGCUCUGUUUGGGGUCAUGACCUCCCUACUUUACUUUUUUGCUUUGUUUUUUCAAGACAAAAUCUCACUACGUAGCCCUGGCUGUCCUGGAACUCACUAUGUAGAUCAGGCUAGCCUCCAACUCACAGAGAUCUAUCUGCCUGCUUCUACAUUGCCGUGCUGGGAUUAAAGGUGUGCACUACCACGCCUAACUCUCCCCACUUUCUUGACACCAGAAAUGCAGAAAGGGGGCACAGCCACCCAGUAAAGGCAAUAAAGCCGUUCCCUUGGCAUCUCCCACCUGA